UUUAAGGUAUGUGAUUUUUACACUACGUACCUACUAAAAGCGGACGUGGUUGCUGACCAUAAGGAUCGUGGUUAGCCAUUCUGAUCAACGUGAGGGCGAUGAGGGCGCGUGGAAAUUGCAUUGCGAGAAUGACUUUGUUUUCUCAAGAAUUGAAAACACAAGAAGUUGUCACGUGCGUUUGUACCCGUGCAUUAUUAAGUGACAUAGACCUAUUGAAGUAUGAGGACCACCAUCAACAAGAAAAAACUUUAAAAGGAGAACAUGAGCUCAUGUUUGCUGAGGAUGGAGAAAAAGAUCAAUCCGCCUGUCAUUUAACCAAUCCUUGUCAAACAGUAGUUGUCUCCAAGUCAACAUGCCUUCAUGAAAUGGAUGAACCAGAUGUGGAAAUCUCACAAGAGCUAGAAAUGAUGAAAAAAAUGGGUUUACCAACUUCCUUUUUCAGGUCUCCUUGUGACCUUGACCUGGAGAAAGAGCUUGUCCCAUGCAAGGAUGCCAAAAAACGGGGAAAGAUAAAGAAAAGAAAACGGAAUGGCUUAGCAAGUUCAAAACCAAUUUUCAAGGAUAUAACAGACAGUAUCGUGUAUGAGACGGGAACGCCACUUGACCAUGAUGCAAUUGAACCAGACAACCUUUCUUCAAAGUCAGAAACCUCCAAUGAAUAUACAGAUUUGUGUACGUCAUUAGUAAGUAAUGAAAAUCAUGGAGAUUGCAGAACUAGCAAUUCAGAACAACAUACUACAGUGCUGGAUUCUUGUUCAAGCCCACGUUUUGAAAAUCCCUCUCAAAGGGAACACGUUUCUUUUAAAGUCACGGACAGAGCUAGUUUAGAUGAGAACAAGGGUCUCCUGGGGAAGGAGAAUGUCACUAUACGAUCUUCAAGUGAAACAGCGAAACAAGAAAUUAGUGAUGAAAAUAUUCAUUCACGAAGUGCAUCUGCCCUGGACUUGGAAAUGUCAAAUGUUGAUCAAAAGAGUAAGGACUGCUACGAGUGCGUCUCCAUGGGCAACACACGCCAGCAAGAUAUUAGUGUGUCAGGAAUUCAAAAACAUGGACUUGCGACUUCCCAAAACCUGUCUGCCUUUGAGGUAAACACAUUCGAAUCGAAUGGAAGUAAAAAUAUUGAGCCGAACAGUGGGGCAGCUGGGAGUUCUUUUAUAAGCCUGCCAGGCCAAGGAGGGACAAAUGCAAAGCUACGAACUGCACCCGUUUGUGAUGUUAGAAGUGACGAUGUUAUUGAGCUACGCUAUUCAGAGCGGCAACAGCACCAAGUUAUAUUCGCGAAAGCCAAUUUUACCAGCCAAAUGACUACAAAUCAAGAUCAGGAAGAAACGCAUUCUCAGAAUGUUUCCACCGUCAAGAAAGCGAGUGACUCAGAAGGCAGUGAAAACCUCUCAGCUGAAGGAAUCGAUGCUGAACUGAAAUGUCUUGCUCUUGAUAACACUGGUGAAAGGAAACGUACCUCUAGCAAUGCUGUCACUGGUCAGAACGGUAACCACGCCAAAGGUUGGGAGGACUACUGGAAGAUGUAUGGCUUCUCCUUGGUGUGGGAAAGCUGGAAAAACCUCUACCCUCAGUUUACUGGUGUUCCCACAGAUCUUGACACUGGCUCAGUUCUUGACAAUAGUUUAAAGAAAUCUGAAGAAUUAGUUAAUGAUCUCGCAGAGGAGACAAACCCUCCAUCACACAGAGACGAAAAUGUGUUGAUAGAAAUGUUGUCCUGCAGUGGUGAGGAGGAACAAGUGUUGGCUGGUAAAGAUAUCAGGUUAGACAAUGAUGUUGUGAGUGAAAAAAGCCACGAGACCCGAAAAGCAACUUCUGUUUUAAGCGAUUGUCAUACUUACGCAGUAGAGCAACAAACAGGCAAGAUCUCUGAGCUCUCAGAACACGCCAGUGAAUCUGCACUGGUGAACGACAGACUCGUAGAAUAUCACAAAGAGGAAAUUCUCUGUGACUUCCAACUUGACGGUAAAAUGAACACUGCAUGCAAGAGUUCAUCACCAAGUUCUACCUCUGACACUGUAACGACAGAAGAAGUUAAUAUGCUUUGGGAACACAAUUACUGGGAAGUAUAUUGGUAUUACUAUGAGCAAUACAACUAUUGGUGCAGCCAAGGGUAUACUUUUGAGGGCGAUUUAGAAAGCUCUGCACGUGACCCCAGCAGGUAUGGUACAGACAGUACAGCACAGCAGGGUGUUGUUUCGUACGGAUCGGGGAAAAAGCCAGCGAAAAAGACGAAGAAGAAGGAUAGGAAGAGUGCAAAUAGACAGAAAACAGAAACAUCGAGAAACAUCGUACUACAAGCACGUGGAGUUUCCAGUGGAAACAGUGAAACGUAUGAUGGAAAUGAGCCACCUCCAGAAGAGGCAAGUAAAAAGUUGAAAAGGGCGCACGAGUUGGAUGUGGAGGAACAGAAUGCUUUGUCUCUGGAGAGAGCAUAUGAACUAAUGGGAUUCAAGGUCUCACGCAAAUCACCAGUUGAAGACUCCAGCUAUUCAGACCAACCCAGGUUCUGUGGUGGAAAGGUAGAACUCUGCUUAGGAGAGCUUGAUUCCAAGAACAAGUACCUCGAUAUGCACCAGAUACCUAAAGUGUCCGGGUCGAAAGGAGUACAUCUUAGAUUUCAGGAUGACGAAGAAACACAAGAAGAUGGAAUACAAACUUCAACUCAGGAAGGUUUAAAUUCAACAAGGCAUUUCGUUCAGGAAGAAUCAGUGGAUGAAUCACAAGAGCCGUGUACACUCAGAAAGGUCAAGGAAUUCAUGACUGACGCAAGGGCGUGCAGUGAAUCAAAGCCAAAUAGUAAGACUUACUCAGAAUCUGUUGAAAACGCGUUGGUUCAAACUCAGAGAUAUGAAGCAUCAGAAAACCAGAAUUUUGCCCGGUAUUUCCCAAAUGGUCACCAGACAGUCGCAUUGAAACAGGAGGCCAUCACACAUCCCCAGCAAGACCCUGACAUUGCUAAGUACUGGGCUCAGAGGUACCGCCUAUUUUCUCGAUUUGACGACGGUAUCAAAAUGGACAAAGAAGGAUGGUUCUCCGUGACACCCGAGCGCAUAGCAAAGCAUAUCGCGGAAAGGUGCCGUUGUGAUUUAAUCAUUGAUGCUUUCUGUGGCGUUGGUGGAAACGCGAUUCAGUUUGCUUUUACAUGCGAACGUGUGAUAGCAAUUGAUAUUGACCCGGUUAAAAUCACUCUUGCGCACCACAACGCAACUGUUUAUGGAGUUGAAGAUCGCAUCGAAUUCAUUGUUGGAGACUACAUGAAGUUAAUUCCACACUUGAAGGCUGAUGUUGUGUUUCUGAGUCCACCAUGGGGUGGACCAGACUAUGUCAGUGCAGAAGUGUUCGAUAUCAAAACCAUGAUAACAUUGGAUGGCGUUCACGUUUUUGAAGAAACUAAAUCCAUAACAGAGAACAUUACUUAUUUUAUGCCUCGCAAUGCAGAUGUUGAGCAGUUAUCUCUCCUUGCUUCACCAAAUGGAAAUGUGGAAAUUGAACAGAACUUUCUUAACAAAAAGCUGAAGACAAUUACAGCAUACUAUGGGGGACUAGUGGAAGUUUAAAUGAAACGUUAUUUUAGUCUGGGGAUCUAAGUAUGGCAGGAAAGCUUGGAAACAAACUUUUUUAGACCUUUUUUAGUGUUAAAGGCUCCUUAGGAUCAUCUUUUGUUAACUUGCUGUAUUUUGUCCUUAAACCUACUUUGUAUUUUCUCCAAGUAGCGACUAAUGAAUUAGCAGCUUAUGAAGGCGACAUUAAUGUGCUCUUAUGUUCAGUUCGAUGCGUUUUUCCUCAUCGGAGAUAUGUGUGGGUCUUUGACCAGAUAAGCGGAUAAGGUCAUUGUAAGAACAUGCAAUCGGAAAAUGGAUCGACCAGUGGUUGAAACCAUUAGCAUCUGCCGCAAUAACAUUUUAUUUUAUCUUAUUUUGUUCUGCGCGAGCUGUCUUGAGUUAUUAAGUUCGGCGCAUCUUGACGAAUCUAAAGGGAGUGAUCUUGACGGCAAACCUGGAUGGACAUGGUUCAAAUGGGAAAUAAAGCAGCCUCCUCUAGCAGGCUCUUCACACAUUUGCUGUGAACAUAGAGAACGAGCGCGAAGCCUCAAGCGCGUGCCCAUUUUUUUAAACAGGCGUCUGGAUACGAGCUUAAAGCGUCGAAGAUUGAUGUCUAUGUUUUGUAGAGGUAUCUGUUAGGAUGGAAAUUUUCAAAAAGUAUUUAAAACGGUUUAGGAGUUCACUUUUCUCGUAGAAUUCAUAACAAAAGGUGGGCAGGUGUGCAAAUAAAUACAAUAACGCGAUGGAACACUCU